AUGCCUGCGGCCCCGCCUGCCUCCGGCCGCCCACAUGCUCAGCCAGAGCCAGGUACGGCAGCAAGACGUCCCCACCUGCACCGGGAGCUGCUGCCGUGCAGGGGCGGGCAGGCCGUCUGGGCCUCCUGGCUGCCCAGCCUGCAGCCCCCUGCCGAGGGAUGGGCAGAAGCCCCGCCCCCAGCCGCUGCCUUUCUCAACCUGAGCACCCACCCAGCCUCCACCUCGCAGCCCCAGCCCCAGGGACCGGGACGAGAAAUUGGCCAGCUGCCUGGGGGCUGGCUCCUCGGUGCAGAAAGGUUGGCAGGCGGCGGCCCGGGUGUGCUCGGGCUGCGAUUUCCCCCAGUGUCUGUCCCUGAAGACACUCAACUGCGGCACUCUGCGAAAACAAAGGAUGGCACUGAGUUUAAGAAAGACAACUCCUUCGCCCCAGUGGUCAUUUUAAAGGCUUGUUACGUGUGGGUUGGCCGCUCUGAGGAUGGACAGCACCCUGGCCCGUUGUCCGUUUCUGAAGUGACACUUGGUUGUCCCUGUGGCUACCAGGUGGAGCCACUCAGCAGGUUCUUCUGUGUAACUAGGUCACUCUGUCACAGAGCCAGCCGCUAUGACUCUCACGGAUAUCCAGUAGCUGCUUGGGCGGAUUUCAAACACACAGCCAGCAAGCUGCAAUGUUGCUGUUUCCUCAUGUUUGAACUCCCUUUCUGCGAAAGGAAGAAAAGUCGGUCGGAGGGUGGGGCUGGGUGUGUCACAGCAGAGACGGGCACGGGGUUUGAGCCCCCGCUACCACAAACAACAAAACAAAGACCCCGAUAAGCUGCGGGCCCAGCUCCCAGGAGUAAUUCUAGUGUCUGUGGUUCGUUUUCGUUUUCCUUAGUUUGGCUAUCCUGGGGAUAUUCUCCACAAACACUCCACCCUCCACGGACGAACUGAGCGGGAAUAACUUUUAAGUUCAAUAUUGUCAUAAACCAAAGACAGAAAAAAAAAGCCAUUUUGCUUAAAAUGUACUUUUUACAUUUUUUGGUUUCUUAAAAUAUUGAAACAUCCCACAUGAAAUUGUUAAGACAUUAAUAAAUUAUUAAUAAAUUAAUAAACUGAAUUGUAGGGGCUGGGGAGGUGACUCAGGUAAAGCUCUGGCCACUUAACCCGAGCACCCAAGUUCAAACCCUGGGACUCACGUGGUGGAAGGACUAAAGGACUCCCACAAGCUGUCCUCUGACUGCCACCCACAGCCUGUGACUGUACCCCCAUCGAUAAAUAAAUGUAAUAAAGUCAACCCGUAAAGCUUCUCUA